CCUCUGUACACAGAAGUAUAAAAAGAAAGGAGUGAAUUAAACGUGUGAAGCUAAACGGGCCCGUUGGAUGAAAAAACAAAACAAAAACAAAUGAAAGCAUCGUAAAUAUCACAUAAAACAAUGGUUAAACAAACGAUUCAAAUCUUUGCCCGUGUGAAACCGACGAAGAAACCCACCGCGGACUACUCUGUGGACUUUGAGGAGCAGGGCAGUAGUCUGGAGUUUGUGGUUCCCAGAGACUUGGCAGAUGGUUUUAUCAACAAUAAGAGGGAAAACUACAAAUUCAGGUUUCAGAAGGUUUUUGACCAAAGAGCCAGUCAAGAGGAAAUCUUUGAGACCAUUGCCAAGCCUGUUGCUGAUAAUGUGCUGGCAGGUUAUAAUGGCACCAUCUUCGCCUAUGGCCAGACCGGAAGUGGGAAGACCUUUACAAUCACUGGAGGUGCGGAGCAUUAUAAUGACAGAGGGAUCAUCCCCAGAACUCUUUCUUACCUUUAUCAUCAUUUCAGCAAGGACAGCAGUAUGAUCUAUACAACCCAAAUUUCUUACCUGGAAAUCUACAAUGAGGCUGGCUAUGAUCUGCUGAAUCCCCAACAUGAAGCAUCUCGUCUGGAGGACUUACCGAGGGUGAAAAUAAUGGAAGACUCAGACCAAAACAUUCACCUCAAGAACCUGUCGUUGCAACAGUCGGCCAAUGAAGAGGAAGCUUUGGAUUUGCUUUUUUUAGGAGACACUAAUCGUAUGAUCUCAGAGACUCCCAUGAACGAGGCUUCUACACGGUCUCACUGCAUCUUUACCAUUCACCUGUGCAGCAAAGAGCCGGGCUCAGCCACGGUACGCUGCUCCAAGCUCCACCUGGUGGACCUGGCUGGGUCUGAAAGAGUGGGAAAGACUGGUGUGGGAGGUCAAAUCCUGACAGAAGCUAAAUAUAUUAACCUCUCCCUGCACUACUUGGAGCAGGUCAUCAUGGCCCUGUCAGAGAAGAAUAGGUCCCACAUCCCCUAUCGCAACUCCAUGAUGACCUCUGUGCUUAGAGACAGUUUGGGUGGUAACUGCAUGACCACCAUGAUCGCUACUGUGUCUGUGGAGAGGAAGAACAUUGCAGAGUCUAUGUCCACUUGUCGUUUUGCUCAGAGAGUGGCUUUGAUUAAGAAUGAUCCUUUGCUUAAUGAAGAACUGGAUCCUGCUCUGCUGAUUGUCCGUCUGAAGAAGGAGAUUCAGUCUUUGAAGGAAGAGCUGGCUCUAGUGACUGGAGAACAAAGAAGUGACAAGCUAACCCAAGAAGAGAUCCAGCAGUUGGAAAAGCAGGUAAAUGUUUAUCUGGAGGACCCUGACUGUGAAGUAACAUUAGACCUGGGGCCUGAUAUGAGAAAAAUCCGCUUUUGUUUCUCUCUGCUAAAGGUGAAAGUGCAAGAGAGAUCCUGUUCUCAAAAUGGGGUGAGUAAUGGCAGCAGUCCUUCUUUAAUGGGCAUGUCUGAUGGAGAGGAGAGAAAAUCACAUACAGAACUCCAAAAGCUGCGGGACACGUUGACCCACCGUGAUAAUGAGAUCAGUAUAUUAGUUAACAUGCUCAAGAGAGAAAAGAUGAAAGUACAAGAUGUUACUUCCCAGCUGGCACAGUUACACAAUCAAAACCCAUCAACCUACAGUUCAUCACGGUCACCCACAGCCCUACAGGCGGAGGAGAGUGAAAAAUGUGACACCAUUGAUUACACACAUACUCAUCAUUUGAUAACCAGAAAAAGGGUACCGGAAUUAUCUGUGGGUCAGCAGGCAGCAUUUGAAGUCUUUCUAAGGGACCAUGAAGACCGUUUAACAGUAGAAGAUAAUAGGGCUGUGUUGCAACAAAGGUUUGUUGAAGCUAAGGCACUUGGUGAGCAAGUUAACCAGAUCAGGAUCAGAGUCAAUGAGCUGAAGACCCAGCUGAAAAUUAGACGAAAGCAAAUGGCAGCCCAAGUCUUAACAGGAAACCAAACAGAAUCAGAGUCAGAGUCUGUUGAGGAGAGAAUCCUUAACCAGAUAGAGGAGGAGAAGAAAAAUUACAAGAUCACAUCUGGAUAUUUAAAAGGGUUGAGGACAGAAAUUGAACAUCUACAGCUGUUGCGUGAAAAGGCGAAAGUGAAACUCCAAAGGGACUUCGAGAAUUGGUGGACUCAGGAGGGCGCUAGACUACAGGGCCACAGUGCAGAGAACACAGGAAGCAGUCUAAGUCACGUCAGCCCUCUCAGCUGCAUGUUUACUAGGAACAAUAAUCCAAAAGUUGAUGACACUGAUUCUCAGGAGAGAAGACAAAGGGAACAAACAUCUUUCUCUUCCAGAGAUCAGAGGGUCUUCUACUCACUUGCUCUUAACUGAGCCUCGGUGUCGCUAUAAAUCAAAGGGUGAUCGGGUCUUUUCUGUGGCUGGGCCCAAGCUUUGGAAUGGUCUCCCCUAUCAUGUGCGGUCUGCUUCUUCAUUGGACAUUUUUAAAUCUACUCUUAAAUCAUAUUUUUAUUCUUUAGCAUUUGGAAACCUGUAAUUAUUUUUGUGUAGAUCUGCUUUGUACUUUGUACAGCACUUUGGAUCAAUCUAUGUUGUGUUUAAAUGUGCUUUAUAAAUAAAUGUUUUUGUAAAUGUUGUAAUGUUGACAUUUGACUUGACAUUUGAUAUUCAACAGUGCUUUGAUCUGCCUGCAUUGACACUAUUCUUUUAAGAGCUGCUGUGCAGCCAAAUAAUGUACCAGUUAUCAAUGUAAAGCUGCUUUGACACAAUCUACAUUGUAAAAAGCGCUAUAUAAAUAAAGGUGUGUAGCGUCUGGAUAGAUCCGGCGUAGUCAAUCAACUUUGGAAAUUUCAGAAUGCUUUUAGCCUGCUGAACUGUGUUUGUAAAUCUCACAUCGGCCCCGGCCGGUCUGACAAAGACGAGCAUUUUGGCACUUUCAUGGACCCUCUGAGGUUAAACAGAGAACCCCAUUUCCUAGCUCUUGAGACAUCAAAGGGCCCCUCAUGUGGACUAAGUGCCAGAUCACAUUCCAACACACACCACACACACACAGACACACAAACAUGCAUUGAAGACUGUAUGUGUAAGAUAUAAAAUUAUAUAUAAAUGUAACCGCCGUUGUAUUGUCAAAUUGCAUAUAGUUAUUCCCACUGUAUAAGCUUAGCUAGGAUUGUAGUGAUACUAGUGUCAUUUCCAACGGUUACAUUUGACUGUAAACUAUAACUUCUUUUAUAUGCUUCUCUUAUGACAAGUUUAGUCUCAUUGUAAAGCUUUCGUUAUACUCUAAGUGAAAAUGUAUGUCACAUGACUGUAAAAUCCAUUCUUCUAUUUUUAAUGGUACUUUGAAGAAAAUGUACUCAGAUCUGACACUUCAUAAACCAUGCAAAUUAGGUCAUAAAUGGAGACAAAGAAAGAGUUUGCCCGCCAAAAUCGCACCCUCAUCAUUGGCUGAUGUACCCCAGAAGGCGUUCUGGUCUGUUGUCCUUAAAACACAAUGACACGCGUCUCUCAUUUGUCUCUCGAUUGUCUCUCGCCAUUUCACACCCGUCUCUCCCGGACGUCUCGGUGACCGCGCUUCCAUCACGCGCCCCCCUCUCUUCGGGACGACCAUCUUUUGGCAACAAGUUUCUUUGUCAAACCCUCUUCAUCCGUCGCCCUAAGUCUUCACUCUUCAUCGCCUAGGAGACGGACUCUUUUUCUUUAUUUUCCGGUUAUCUUACUCUUAAGUUAAACCCUUGUUUGAAAAUCCCGCCGAAGAACACCUUUCUCGGAAAAGGACCAAUCGCUUCAGCCGCACGCACCGAAACUCCUGCAGAAACACGAAACGACCACAGCACCUGAACCUAUGCAAGUAUAGAACCAUUCUUUCCAAAGCAUUUUAAGCUCGAUGUGUAAGCUGAGUUUCCUUGCUGGCUCUCAAAGGUUUUAACUGUUCGUAAGUUGCCAUUCCUUUGAUCACCUCUGUUUUCUUGACUUUACUUUCGCUUUCUAUAUAUGUGUAUUGUUUGUGUAUGUUUAGUAGUAUAGUCUCUGUAUCCGUAGUUUCAUAUAUUAAAUACAGUAUAUUCAUGCUCGAUUGUUUUGUUUUGCUCAUGCAACAAACCCAGGUCACUUUAACGUUUCGAUCCAGUAUCCUUGCUUUACGCAUUGAUGCUAGAAUAGGAAGUCUUUCUCGUGGCCAGAGAAAAACCUUCCUUUUAUAAUCGGCUAUGAAGAGCUAACGGUUUGCUGGACAAACUAGUUUCUCUAAAUUAUUA